AUGGUGGCAUCGCAGAGAAAGUACAUCUGCUCGUUCUGCGCGCAGGCCUUUUCGCGAUCCGAGCACAAGACGCGCCACGAGCGCUCGCACACCGGCGUCAAGCCCUUCAGCUGCAAGGUGUGUAACCACUCGUUUGUGCGCCGCGACCUACUUCAGCGGCACAUCCGCACCGUGCACCGGAGCAUGUUGCUGGAGAUCCAGCUGCGCCACGAGGGCACCGACCACGCGAGCGCGUGCGAGGCGCGCCAGAUCGAGCAGGCGCUCAACUCCUUUAUCACCGUUCAGUCGCCCCGGAUGCGAAGUGGGGCCCGGUGCGCAGCCGGCCGCCCCCGCGCGGGGAUCCCGGGCGGCUGCAGGGCGAGCGUUGAGCCGCGGGGACAGGAUAAAUUCCCCGCGGAAGCGGGGCGGAAGUCGCAGGCACCUCAAAGUGCCGGUACAGGCACGGAAGAGCCGUACGCAAUCAGUGGGCCGCUGUCAGCCUCUAUACCUCAGGAGCUGCACGAACUGGUGUUCCGCGGGUUCCGAAAGCUGUGGGUGGAUGCCCCUGCCGAGGGGUUUUCUAAAGUUGCAGGGUGGCUACAAGAGGGUCUAGAGCAUAUAGAGCGCACACGGCUGUUCGCGGCUGAAGUGCGCCGAGAGCUGCAGAAGGCCCUCCGCAAGCGCGCGGCGUUCGCGGAAUGGUGCGAGCAGUCGCCACUGGUGGCUGCGAUCGUGCUGGUGGGGCACGUUAGCAGCGCGGACCGGCGGCAGUACGGGGACGGGAUGGUCGGGAUGGUGAAGGGCGCGUGGGAGCGGUGCGUGGGUCCGCCGCUGGACUCGGUGUUUGUGGCGCAGAGCUUGCUCGUGUACGUGUGCACGCAGGACCGCAAGUUUUUCCCGCACAGCCCGGUGGAGACGGCGCGCAUGUACGAGCGGAUGCUGCACGGGGUUGUGCUGAAGUCGGAGCUGGCGCUGUGGGACGACGAGCUGUGGACGGCGUUCCAGCUGUUCGUGGAGUUGGUGCUGGUCGCGAACGAGUACACGGAGGUGUCGCUGCAGCUGUACCAGUGGUUCCUGGGGCAGCCGCUGCACGACGGCUACUCGCUGUCGUACUACCUGAAUGCGCUGGCGCAGAAUCGGGAGAUCGUGUACACCGCGCACGUGAUGGCGACGAUCUCGCAGAGCCUGUUCUGCGAGAUCGUGAUGUCGGGGCACUCGCAGACGAACUUCCAGUACCCGGACAUGCUGCACAACACGAUCAUCAUGGCGAACAAGUGCUACGCGAAGCAGGGUGUGGCGACAGAGCCGAGCGUGGGGCUUCUGUGGGAGCGCAUUCCGACGCUGAAGACCGCGCCGCAGAAGUUCUUCAACAUGCUGAGCCAGUACUUCGUGUUCUCGAACUCCUCUGACCACUGGUCGCUGCUGCUGGCGACCUGGUUCGACUUUGUCAAGCGCGUGUGCGAGACGACCGUGAGUUCGAACCUCCAAAAUAGAAACUUCUGCAUUGAUUCUCGAUGGUUUUACCGUGUGAUUCAAGGCUUGUCCCCCAUGGCGAUAUCGUCCACCAUGGCACGGCUGAACAUCGAUCUUUCCUUCAUGAACAAUAAUCUUGCAAUAUGCACACUACCAAUAAUAAGCCUCUUGGAGGCGGAGAAGUUAUCGCUACCGCCAAACAUGCACCACAUUCACAAGCAGAUGGUCUUUGAUGUCCUACUUUUCAACUUGCAUUUGUUUGGUAAUAUACUCUUUGUGCCUUCAGAGGCGGAACAGCAUGUAAAUGUUGAGAACGCGCUCAAGAUGCUGGAGAACCCUAUUGUUCAAUUUUUACUAUACGUAUGGUUCCAUGUUCUCAAUGUCGAGGAGCCGAAGCACAUGAUGGUCGGUAAGACGAACACCACUGAUUCCGGGCUGGACAUGGCAUAUGCCGAGCAGUUUUUGAAUCGCUACAUUACUAUCUCGAAAGUUAAUGUGGAUACCGAUACACUUAUCAAAAAUGAUAUUAAUGUAAUUUUAUUCGCUAAGGGCACGGACACUGCAGCGUUUUACGGCUUGCAUAUAUUACUGGUCCAUAUACUGGGGCGCAUAGAGGGCUACUUGAAAAGACUUUUCCCAUUCUACAUCGCGAUGGCGCAGUCGUUUAGAGAGUUGGUGGCUGCAACCCUUGAGUGUGUGGCAAACAUGAAAUACUCGAUACGGACCAAGAUAUACCGGACCGUGGAGGAGUGCAGUCUUUCUUCGAAGGCAUCAUUGCACUUCUCUACCAGCUUACUUUCGCCAAAGUUAGGAACGGACGAUAGUUCCCCAGCACCUGCCAGACGCCACUCUUCCAUUUCAUCUAAUUUAAUGACCGACAAGAUUAUUCUGCCGCCGAUUAACUUCCAGGCCGUGACUUCUGCGGAGCGAUCUUAUGUGUACUAUCAAUCGGGCUCUUUUUUGCCAGAGAUAGGCGCCAAGCCUUCUGCAAGGGAUAGUUCAGGCAAGUGUAAAAUCCAGCUUCCACCUCCAUCGAGGCUCUUCAACGUCCCUAGCACACAAUAA